AAUUCGUUCCUAGUUCCACAAACCAACACCAAAAACAAAUAACCGGGAUGGCCGUCACUAAAGAGAGCAAGACCCUGUACUUCAAGAAGCUCCGUGAGCUUAUCAGCAAGUACCAAUCCGUCUUCGUUGUCGGUAUCGACAAUGUUUCUUCCCAACAAAUGCACACUGUGCGUAAGGAGCUUCGCGGUACCGCCGAGAUCCUUAUGGGUAAGAACACUAUGAUCCGUCGUGCUAUCCGCGAUGUCUUGUCUGAGGUUCCUGAGCUCGAACGUCUUUUGCCCACCGUUCGUGGCAAUGUUGGUUUCGUGUUUACCAACGCUGACUUGAAGGAGGUCCGUGAGAGCAUCGUUAACAACGUCGUUGCUGCUCCCGCCAGACCCGGUGCCAUCGCUCCUCUUGACGUCUUCGUUCCCGCUGGUAACACCGGUAUGGAGCCUGGUAAGACUUCUUUCUUCCAAGCUUUGGGCAUUCCCACCAAGAUUACCCGUGGUACUAUUGAAAUUACUUCUGAGGUUCACUUGGUCGAGAAGAACACCAAGGUCGGUCCCUCUGAGGCUACUUUGUUGAACAUGCUCAACAUUUCUCCCUUCACCUACGGUAUGAAGGUCAUGACCAUCUUCGACCAAGGUAAUGUCUUCGAUGCCUCUAUCCUUGACAUUUCGGACGAUGAUCUUAUUGCCCACCUUCUCCAAGCCGCCAAGAACGUCACCUGCAUUUCUUUGGCUGCCAGCUACCCCACUAUCCUCUCCGCCAUGCACUCUGUCAUCAACGCUUACAAGAACCUUGUUGGCGUUUCUUUGGCUACCGAGUACACUUUCGAGGGUACUGAGAAGGCUAAGGCUUACCUUGCUGACCCCUCUGCUUUCGUUGUUGCUGCUGCUCCCGCUGCCGCUGCUGCUUCCGCCGACGCUCCUGCCGCUGAGGAGAAGCAAGAGGAGGAGGAAGAAUCCGAUGAGGACAUGGGCUUCGGUCUCUUCGACUAAAAAGCUUAUUAGAUUUUGGCGAAUGAACACUUAGUGGUGGUUUGUCAUAACUUAACAAGUUACUUUUCUUGUUCUCAA